AUGGUAUCAAUUUCGUGGACAACAAUAGAACUUGUAUCUAUUUGUUUUGGUAUUAUCUUGAUUAUAUUAUUAACAAUCGGUGGUAAUCUUGUUGUACUCUUUGCUUUCUACAAUGAUCCACACUUAUUAACACCAUCAAAUAAUUUUCUUUUAUCAAUGGCUAUUGCCGAUCUUCUUGUGGGUCUUAUUGCAAUGCCAUUUUAUUCAUAUGCUCAAAUAAAAGGUUUUUGGCCAUUUGGACAAUUUUUUUGUAAAAUAUGGUUAACAAUUGAUGAUGUUGUAACAAUGGCUAGUGUUUUAUCAAUUGUAGCUAUAACUAUAGAACGUUAUUGGAGUAUUAAUCAUAGUGUACAUUAUCGUCGUCAUACAACAAAAACUCGUAUAAGAAUAUUUUCUCUUCUUAUUUGGCUUAUUCCAUUAUUAAAUUUUGCACCUGGUAUUUGGUUUCUUGAAUCACAUGAAGAUAUUCAUACAACAAAUACAACAAAAAAAAAUCAUUCAGAAUGUAUUGGUGCCUAUCAUUCACAUACAAUAUAUUUAAUAAUUGCUCAAAUAAAUUUUUUUGCAUGGCCAUUAGUUGUUAUUAUUAUACUUAAUGCUUUAAUUGUUGUUAAUCUUUAUCGACGAUCACAUCGUUUUCAAACUUAUAAUAGUUUUUAUGAACCACGAAACACUAAUAUAUUAACAAAAUCUAAAGAAGAAAAUAUUGAUGAAAGACAACGACAAACAAUUGAAAAUGAUGAUCAAACAAUAUCAGUCGCUAAUGAAAACAAAUAUUAUAUGUUACAAAAAACGAAUUUAGAGGGUAAUCAUGGUAAUUAUUAUGGAAAUAUUCCACCAACUAUCAAAGAAGUUGACGAGCCUAUGAUUGAACAUGAUAUAGUUGAAUGUUCACCAUCACCACCAAUUCUACCAUGUUCACCAAUAGAAAUAGAUACAAAACAAUCAUCAUCAAAUAUUUAUACACGUUUUAAACAUGUUUUUUUGCAUUCAUCAAUAUCAAUGGACUCGACAUUAAAUGUUCGUCGUUCAUCAAAAUCGACUCAAACGUUUCAUUUACCAUUAAAAUCAAAUAGAGAAAAAAAAAAUUCGCUAUUUUCAUGGCGUUAUAAUUCAUAUAAAUUAUCAAGAAAAAAUAAAAACACGAAUUCUGUUACUGGUGAACAACGUAAUGUUCGACGUUUAAGACGAGAUAAACGUGCAGCAACAUCACUCCUUAUACUUGUUCUUGUAUUCAUGAUUUUUUUAUUGCCUUAUGUUGUUGUUGUUGUUGUUGGAAGUAUUUUUUCAUUAGACAUUUUAACUGAUACAAAUAGUCAAGUAUAUUCAGCUGCUUUUUGGCUUCUAUGGCUUAAUUCAACUGUCAACCCAAUUCUUUAUCCAUUUAUUCAACCCAAAUUCCGUGAUGCAUAUAAAAAAAUCUUUUUCAGAUUAACAAGACGACGACGACGAUUAGUUUCACUUAUUGUCGAUAUACAACGAAAGAAAUAA